AAUGACCAAUCCCGUCGGCCAAUUUACCUGUAAAAUCCAAUAUACUACUUACUCAUAUCACUACCCCAUAAAGUAAAUCUUCCAAGGAGCACAGCAAAGAAUAACGGUUCACUGGCUAGUUUUGGGUGACCAAAUUUUCGCUCCAAAUCUUGGCAACGAUCGUUCCUAAAGUAUGAAAAAUGGUCAAAACCUAGGGUUAGGGUUUUUGAUCUGCAGAUAAUGGCGAUGCUUACAUCUCCUGCUUGUUGUAGUUGUUCUUAUGUCGAUGAACGUAGAAAUGUAGGUGAUGUGAUUACUUUUUCUAGCACUAGAAGGAGAAACGUCACCUAUAAGGUUCCGUUAGGGUUUGGUAGUAGUAGUUGUAAAAGGAGGAUUAUUAGAAGGAGAGAAUUCUUUGUUUAUUGUAGUAGAGGGGGAAGAUUAAAUGUAAAUGAAUUUCAGAAUAAUAAUGUUGUUGAAAAUAAUGGUCAGAUUCGAACUGGUGUUGUUGAGAUUCCUGUUACUUGCUAUCAGCUCAUUGGUGUUACUGAUCGAGCAGAGAAGGAUGAGAUUGUUAAGUCAGCGAUGAAUCUAAAAAGUGCAGAUGUGGAAGAAGGGUACACGUUGGAUGCUGUUGUAUCUCGGCAGGAUCUUUUAAUGGAUUUGAGGGAUAAGCUUCUUUUUGAACCUGAAUAUGCUGGUAGUGUGAGGGACAAGGUGCCGCCGAGGUCUCCUCUUCGUAUCCCUUGGUCAUGGUUGCCGGGUGCGCUUUGCCUUCUUCAAGAGGUUGGAGAAGAAAAACUUGUGCUAGAAAUUGGCCGUGCGGCUCUACAACAUCCCGACUCUAAGCCUUAUAUUCACGAUUUGCUUCUUUCUAUGGCUCUAGCUGAGUGUGCAAUUGCAAAGAGUGGAUUUGAGAAGAACAAAGUAUCCCAAGGAUUUGAAGCUCUUGCUCGGGCUCAGUAUCUACUUAGAAGCAAAAUUACUUUGGGGAAAAUGCCGUUGCUUUCCCAGAUAGAAGAAUCUCUGGAGGAACUUGCACCUGCAUGCACAUUGGAGCUUUUAGGGAUGCCUCACACACCUGAAAAUGCUGAACGAAGAAGGGGAGCAAUUUCAGCUUUGCGUGAAUUACUUAGGCAGGGCCUUGAUGUGGAAAGUUCUUGCAGAGUGCAAGACUGGUCAUGCUUCUUGAGCCAGGCUCUGAUUAAGCUCUUGGCCACUGAAACUAUUGAUCUUCUUCCAUGGGAAGAACUAGCUGUUGUGCGCAGAAACAAAAAAUCGCUUGAAUCACAGAAUCAAAGGGGUGUAAUCGAUUUCAAUUGUUUCUACAUGGGCAUGAUUGCUCAUGUUGCUGUUGGAUUUUCAAGCAAGCAUACAGAUCUGAUCGCUAAAGCCAAAACCAUAUGUGAAUCACUGGUAGCGUCAGAGGGCAUUGAUUUGAAAUUUGAGGAAGCUCUUAUUUCAUUCCUUCUUGGGCUGGGUGGUGAAGAUGCAGUUAUUGAAAGGCUUAGAGAGCUUGAUGUUAAUUCAGGACUUGCUUCACGAAAUAUUGUAUCAGCUGUUUCAGAAAGCGAAAGAAAAAAUGGUUCUCAGUCAUUGGAAUUAUGGCUGAAGGAUUCCGUGCUUGGUUUGUUUCCAGAUACACGCGAUUGUUCUGCAUCCCUGGCCAACUUUUUUUCUGGUGAAAAAAGAAUUUCUAAGGGAAACAAGCAAAUUAAAGGAUCUCCAAAAACUGUUCAGAACUUAAAUCACCGACCGUCGUCCUUUGCCCUUUCUUCUGACAUGGCAGAUUCUGGUGACCGUCAUCUGAAUUCUUCUCGACAUCUUGGGGUGGCAGUUAAGCAACUAGCUCCAUCUGAUCUUCAGAGUCCAUUAAUGGCUGGGAAAACCAGUAAUCUCAGUGGUACUAGUUCACCUUCUAUACAACUAAAGAGAAACCUUGGAACUCAUCAUAAAAAUAUGUGGGGAGGCUGGUCAUUCCUGCUAGAUAUUCUUGGAAAAAUCACUUUUGGAACAGUAGUAGGGUUCUUUGUGUUCUCAACCUUUAAGUUGUCCAGGCGCAUCUCUACUAGCCCUAAGAUGGACGUAAGUAGCCUUUAUGAGACCAGAGAUCCUUCUCUUGAUUCCAAAGCUGGUCCUGCUUGUAUUGAUAGGAGUGGCGUUGGUGAAAGGUUCAGGAAGCUACUAGUAAUGUUUAAGAAUCCCAAGCAUCACAGAGAGGGGCUAACAACACAAAGUUCAUCUCCUGUUGUUGGUAUGUUACGUUUUACCAAACUGCACAAAAGACAAAUGCCUGUGGAUGAAGCUGAGGCCCUUGUAAAACAGUGGCAAGCCAUCAAAGCGGAAGCUCUUGGACCUGACCACGAAGUUGAGAGCCUUUCUGAGGUCCUUGCUGAAUCAAUGCUUGCGCAGUGGCAAGCUUUGGCUGACUCGGCAAAAGCCAAAUCAUGUUUUUGGAGAUUUGUGUUGCUACAGUUGUCUGUCGUUCAGGCGGAAAUCUUGUCAGAUGGCAAAGGUGAGGAGAUGGCUGAAAUUGAGGCUCUGUUGGAGGAAGCAGCAGAGCUUGUUGACGAGUCUCAACCCAAAAACCCAAAUUACUACUGCUCGUAUAGAAUUAGAUAUGUUCUGAAAAGACAGUAUGAUGGUUCAUGGAGGUUCUGCUCAUGGGGUAUCCACACUCCAGCAUGAUUUGGCUUGCUGCAUUCAUCCUGCGAUCCUUAGAUCUGGGUGGAAAUGAAGGCAAGAUAUACAUCCGGAAAGCAUAGGAGUUUUGGGAAAAUGUUAACCAGUGUUGAUUCUUGUAUAUCCUAGGGUAGUAAAUUCUUUUAGCUCUUGUGCAUUCUGGAUCUUUUUGUCCGUGCAAUGGAUAAUUGGUGUAUUAGCCAUUUCCCAUGCAGGUGUGAGUGUUUUCUUAUUUUGAACUUUUACCUCCACGUCCAUAGAUGAAUUACUUAUCUAAAUCCACGUCAUCAGAGCUCUCUAAUUGUAUGAUAUGCAAUCUGCAUCUUUUCUGUGAACUUAUUAACAAGCUAGUUUAGCAGAAUCAUCAGUCCUUAACCCAUUUAACGGUUUUUAAUCAAAUACAAGGAGGUGAACCACAACGGCUGUUGUGAUUUU